AUGUCUGAAAGCGAAAUCAAUGGUUCCGAAGAGGAUUUCAAUCAGAUGACAUAUGUCUCUGAAUAUGUCUCCGAUCUAAGUAGUUCUAAAGAUAAAGACUAUGGGCCUAAACAUGAUGUGGCCACUCCCUCCACUUCGACUGCACAUUCUGGCAGUGAUGACGAAAUGGAAGAUCAGGAAUACCGGGAAGUUUUUUCACCAGAAGAACCUCAACCUUUUCCCUUUCCUUUUCGUGAGGUAUCUGGCCCAAAACAUAUGCCUCCUCCCGAUUCUCCUCCGAUCGUUUAUUUCUAUCUGUUUUUCAACAGUACUUUGCUGUCUCUUAUGGUGGAGGAAACCAAUCGAUAUGCACAGGAAGUGUUAAAUGGCAUGGGGAAUAACGUACCGUCCUAUUGGAAGAACUGGACCAAAGUCUCUGUUCCAGAGAUGAAAGGAUUUUUGGCGUGUAUUUUAAAUUUAGGUCGCAAAGAAUCAUCAGAUCAUCAUAGAUACUGGUGCACUUCUCCUAUCCAAUCCGAAUCGUGGUUUCCGGAAAUGUUUUCUCAACAGCGGUUUUGUCAAUUGGUAAGUUUCUUUCAUUUCGUCGAUGACAGCAAGUUGCCUGGGCUUGGAGAAUCGGGUUAUGAUCCCUGUGCCAAAUUCCAGCCUCUUUUAAAUCAUGCGAACAGGGUGUUUCGACACCAUUACACUCCUCAUCAGGAAAUAUCUAUUAACGCAAUCUGUAUGGGUCUCAAAUUCUGGAUGAUGAUCGACUCAGUAUCUAGCUACUGCUUGGGAUUUUUCCCUUUUCAACGAACCGAGUCACAGCAGGAGGAUCACAGCAUCUCAGAAUUAGGUUCAGGCUAUAAUGUUGUGCAAAAACUGCUCGAGAUUGAUAUCUACCUAAACAAAGGGUACCAUUUUUUUAUCGACCGAUGUUUUAUGUCGGUGCCCCUUGUUCUCCGUCUGUAUUCUCUACAGACUUAUGUUACCGGAACUGUUCGGGGGGACCACAAAAUGCUACCUCAACAGUUCAAGAAGAAAUUUGCAGCCGGAGAAACAUCGUAUUUCCGAUCUGGUCCCGUGUUAGCCUGCGGCUUUAAGGAGAAGCAGUCACAAAUGUACCCUAUCAUUACAUUAUCCAGCCACGCAUGGGCACGAGAUGUAGAAGUAAUUAGGAAUGGAGAGGCUAAAUUGAAGCCAGAAAUAAUUCAAAAUCAUAACAAAUUUAUUAGCGGGGUCGAUAUAUCCGAUGUGGUGUUAUAUGCAUGUGAUGAUAAAAGUAGGCCAAUGAAAUAUUGGAAGAAUUUAGCGUUUAACGUCAUAGCCAGGAUGGCGUUGAAUAGCUACAUGCUUUACAAAGAGAAUUUUGCGGGACCAGGGAAAGUGAAAUCUCGACACGCGUAUCACGUGGCCGUAAUCGAGAGCUUGGCGGAGGAGUGGAUGGCCAUAAAGUUGACUACAAACAACUCUCAAGAAUCAGAAACUUCCAGGAAGAAAGAAAGUCCGUAG